AAGCAAACUGCAACGAUGAUUUAUUCGGAAUGUUUUGUUGUUGGAAUGGGCUUUUCUCCUUUUUCCAGGCAAAGACGAGUAAAUCCUGUUAACUUUGGGCACAUGUCCAGAUGCUGGUGCAAUAUUAUGAUUUAUGCUCUGAGGACCAUAUCCUUUUCCAAGGUACAUUGCUUUCUUAAUCUCGCUUCUGUUGCACCCUCACGCUUAUUUGGAGUAUUGAAUGUGCCUCAGAAGUACAGAUCUUACCCAAGAUUUUCUGUCAUGGCUGGUGGCACUCCAAUGAGUAGCUCUAACUGUGAUGUGGAUGCUGAUCCCGGAAGGACUUACCAAGUUGUGCUGGCUGCUACUCGUGAAAUGGGUAUUGGGAAGGAUGGAAAAUUGCCAUGGAGGUUGCCUUCUGACCUCAAUUUUUUCAAGGAGCUCACGACAGCCACAUCAGAUCCUGGGAAGAAGAAUGCAGUGGUAAUGGGUAGGAAAACAUGGGAAAGUAUCCCCCUCGAGUACCGUCCUUUACCUGGUCGCCUGAAUGUUGUACUGACUCGUUCUGGAAGUACUGAUAUUGCAACUGCUGAAAAUGUUGUAAUAUGUGGAAGCAUUCCUUCAGCUUUAAAACUAUUGGCCGAAUCUACUUAUUCUUUGUCUGUAGAGAGAGUGUUUAUUAUUGGAGGCGGCCAGAUACUAAGGGAAGCACUCAAUUCUUCACAAUGUGCUGCCAUCCACAUUACUGAAAUUGAGACAAGCAUUGAAUGCGACACUUUCACUCCCAAUAUUGAUUUCUCCGUAUUUCAGCCAUGGUACUCAUCCUCCCCAUUGGUGGAAAAUCAUAUACGAUAUUCUUUUGUGAGUUAUGUUCGUGUAAGAAGUUCUGCAAUUGAAGCUCGUGCUUCGAGGAGUGAGGAUUCCAGUAAGUUUGACGUAGAAAGGUUUACCUUCCUGCCAAAGAUGAUAUUUGAGAAACAUGAUGAGUACGUGUAUCUGAAAUUGGUUCAAGAAAUUAUCUCUAGCGGCACCCAGAAAGACGACAGGACAGGGACUGGUACUUUAUCUAAAUUUGGUUGCCAGAUGCGGUUCAAUCUUCGCAGAUCUUUUCCGCUUCUUACAACUAAGAGAGUAUUUUGGCGAGGAGUUGUCGAAGAACUGUUGUGGUUUAUCAGUGGCUCAACAAAUGCGAAGGUUCUACAAGAGAAAGACGUACAUAUAUGGGAUGGAAAUGGAUCCAGAGACUUCCUUCACAGGCAUAUUGGUUUGUCAGAUAGGGAAGAAGGUGACUUGGGACCCAUUUAUGGAUUCCAAUGGAGACACUUCGGUGCUAGAUAUACCAACAUGCAUGCUGACUAUACAAGCCAAGGGUUUGAUCAGUUGUCAGAUAUUAUUGACAAGAUCAAGAAUAGACCUGAUGACAGGCGAAUUAUACUCUCAGCCUGGAAUCCACAAGAUCUUAAGUUGAUGGCACUUCCCCCUUGUCAUAUGUUCGUGCAGUUCUACGUAGCCAAUGGGGAGCUUUCAUGUCAAAUGUAUCAGCGGUCUGCUGAUAUGGGUCUCGGUGUUCCAUCAAACAUCGCGUCUUAUGCUUUAUUGACAUGUAUGAUCGCUCAUGUUUGUGGUAUGCAGUUAUAUCACAAUGAGAAUUAUGGAAGUUUAUUGGAAAGUUGGCCUAUUUCCUGGUGAUUUUAUUCAUAUAAUUGGGGAUGCCCAUGUUUAUAAAACUCAUAUCAGGCCUCUAAAGGAGCAGCUUCAGAAACUUCCCAAACCUUUUCCUGUGAGUAGAACAAAGUAUAUAAAUGCUGGUUGCAUUUGAUGAGUGUUUAUGAUGUCGAAUUACCUAUUAUUCUUUCCACAUAAAUGUUUUGAAUUCUGCUCGGUUUGUAAUGUAGACAACCUUUAAUUAACAGCAUUUAUGCAGAACUUGACUUGCCCUUGAUAUGAUGCUGUCUAUUUCUGGUUAUAAGUUAUUUUAAAAGGCCAUUGAAAAUGAAUCCUUAUAUUAUGUCUGAAGACUGUUGUCCUUUUUAGUUAUAAAACAGCCUAUCCUACGUUCAUCUCUGGAAUUCUUCAAGGCUGAUUUGUCAGUGUUUUGUAGAGGAAAAUUGAGCUAACUGCACUCUCCAAAGCCUAGUGCCACAAACUUUGAAGAUUUUUAUCUUUUCUCCUUUUUAGAAAAGUGAACAAGAAUUGAAUGGCGUUCAAUGUUACCUGAGAAAAACAAGUGGCACAUUGAAACUAUGCCACUACAAAAGUUUGCUUUAUUAUACCUUUUUACUAAUUUUUGUUAUUGCUAUUUCUUUGAUAAAUGCAUUCUCUUACACACACUAAUGCAGAUUUUGAAGAUCAAUCCAGCGAAGAAAGACAUAGAUUCAUUUGUGGCAGCUGACUUUGAACUUGUAGGCUAUGAUCCUCACCAGGAGAUAGAAAUGAAAAUGGCAGUGUAGAGGUUUAAAAGGGAAGUACAGUUCUUUCGGCUAGUUUUCUCCCUUCAAAGCCCAUGCUAGUUUUGAGGUACCUAUUUCUUAUUCUGGAGAGGCAUCUUUUGCCCUAUUAUCCUGUGAGUGUUGCGCAUGCGUGAUUGCUUGUUGGUUGGAAAGGCACUCAGAAAAAUUAAUUUGCAAUUUCAAGGCAUAUUCAAAGUUGUCGAUUAAACCCUUGGAAAAGAGAGGCCGAAUUAAAAUAUAAAUUUGAAAAUA